AUGUGGUUCAACCUCGCGCUCAUCCCCGCCCUGCUCGCCAUAGCUGCCUCCGCCACCCCUCUCGCAUCCUCCGAUGUCUCGCUCGAGGCUAGGAACAACGACAAGAUUACCUAUCUCGGCUCCAAGGGCGCUACCCUGUCUGGCGGCACCAAAUUCGGCAACCUCGUCUUCGUCAGCGGGCAGGUCCCCAUCCUCAACGGUACCGUCGUCCCCGGAGGCAUCAAGAACGAGACCGCCUUCGUGCUCGCUCGGAUCGGCGAUAUUCUCAAGGAGGCGGGUACCGACUGGUCCAAGGUCUUGAAGACUACUGUUCUGCUUCAGGACGUGCGAGACCUGCCCGCCAUGAACGAGGUCUACGCCGCCACCGUCCCCAAUCCCAAGCCCGCCCGGGCCGCUUUCGAGGUCGGAAACUUGCCAGUGUUCGGUAUCUCCGUUGAGAUUGAAGCUAUCGCUGCAAUUUACUAG